AUGUCUAAAUUUUCACUUCACGGUCGAACCGCGCUGGUGACAGGAGGUGCUCGAGGCUGUGGAUUGGCAUUUGCACGCGGACUGGCAGAAGCAGGAGCGAAUGUCGCUAUUUUCGACGUAGUUGAACCGGACGCCGCAUUUUAUAACAUUGAGAAGGAUUACAAAGUUCACACAGCUCACUACAAGGUUGAUGUAUCGUCACCAGAAUCACUAGAAAAAGGAUUCGCGGAGUUUCAGCGCGACUUCGAAAAUGCCCUCGAUAUUUGCGUCCCAUGCGCCGGGAUCAAUCGCCAUCUUCCUUUCCUGGAAUUCACCUACAAAGAACACCAUGACUUGGUCUCAGUGAACGUGUUGGGGCUGUAUUUCACUGCUCAAGCUGCGGCAAAACAGAUGAUUGCGAAUGGAACAAAACACGGAAGUAUUGUUUUGGUAGCCAGCAUGGCAAGCCACAUCGCUGUGAGAGAUCAAUUGUGCAGCGCCUACUGCGGUACCAAAGGUGCUGUACGGUCUAUGUGUCCGGCGAUUGCGAAAGAACUAGCGCAAUAUGGCAUCCGGGUCAACUCAGUCUCUCCUGGAUACGUGCGGACGGAGAUGACCGCAGCUUUUUCCCAUCUCCUUCCGAAAUGGGAGUCUGAAGCCAUGCUUAACCGUAUUGCUGAGCCUGAGGAUAUUAUGGGAGCAUGUGUUUUUCUUGCCAGUGAUGCAAGCUCUUACAUGACUGGGCAGGAUAUCAUCGUAGAUGGGGGAGUUACCCGAUGGUAG